UUCAUCCAAAACACUCAUGGCUUCCAUGCUUCCUUCCCCACCGCGCCACCACCACCACCACCCUCACCCUUUCUUCAAGCCCCAACCAUCGCUUCUCCUUCCCACCUUCUCUCAACGAUUCCGCACUUCCGGCCACCGCCUUCCUCCUCUGCGCUCAUCUCCUCUCCCAUCGUCCUCUGCCCUUCCGUUCGACCAACGCAUGCACGAAUCCCUCGCCAUUCUCGACCUCAUGCGAUCCCAAUCCAUCACCCCUGAUCCUUCCCUUCUCUGCACCCUCCUCAAGUCCUGUGCCGACGCUCAAAGCCUCCAUUUUGGCAAGCUUGUUCACGAGAAGGCCAUCCUCUUCGGCCUCCACACUGACACCUUUGUCUCCAAUAGCCUCAUUCACUUGUACUCCAAGUGCGGCCGCACUCGUUCUGCACAACAACUGUUCGACGAAAUGCCUCUGAGAAAUGUUGUUUCCUGGACCACCUUAAUUUCCAUGUAUAGUAACUCUAAUUUCCACAACAAAGCUCUCGACUUGUUUUGGUCUAUGAGGGAGAAGGAUGGCAUUGAGCCUAAUGCUUUUACUUAUACAGUUGCUUUGAAUUGUUGUGCCAGCACUGGUGAUUUGGAUAUGGGAAUCAGAAUUCAUGAGGAUGUUGUUAAAGAUGGUUGUGAUGGUGAUGAGUUUGUGGUUGUGGCAUUGAUUGAUAUGUAUGCAAAGUGUGGGAGUGUUGGUUUAGCAAGGAAAAUGUUUGAUAAAAUUACUGAGCCAUCUGUUGAAGCUUGCACUGCUAUGAUCGAGGGGUACUGUGCGAAUGAUCGUGCUAAGGAUGCUAUCAAUUUGAUUAGGCAGACAUUGCGGCGGUAUAAAGUUAGUAAGGUAGCUGAACGGAUAGGAUUUGCAACUAUGGUUCGGCCGUGUAUUGUCAAUAUGGGUCUUCGUCAAGGACAAGAAAUACAUGCGCACCUUAUCAAGUUUGGGCACAAACCGGGGAUGAAUACUCUAACAUUGCUCGUUGAAUUGUAUUCAAAAUGUGGCAAGAUGAUGAAUGCUUAUGAUAUUUUUAAUAAAUUGGUUGUUAAGGAUGUGGUUUUGUGGGGUAAAAUGAUUUCCGGUUUUGUGCACGAUGAAUUGUAUGGGGAAGCAUUGAAAGUAUAUGCAGAGAUGACAUGUUCCGGUUGUGGUGUUAACGCUUCUCUAGUGUCAUUUGCUUUGAAGGCAUGCAUUGGUUUGUUGAGUUUGGAGGAAGGCAAACAGAUACAUGGUAGAGUGAUUAAAGAUCCUCGCUUGUUGCGAAUUUCUGUGAUUCAUGACCUUUCGAAACUGUAUGAAUGUUGUGGGAAGCUUGAAGAAGUUCACAAGCUGAUGAAGAAGCUGCCAAACCUUGCGAUUGUUGGUGGUGUUGAACGCAUUGCAAAUGGAGCAAUGUAAAGUGUAUCAUCUUUGGUUGAGGGAACCUGUGAUUUCUUGGUGCAUGGGCUAGCAGGAAUCAAUGGUGAAGCACAG